UACAAUUGUGCCCUCAAAAACACACACACACACAUUCAUAUAUAGGAUUUUUGACUUCAAUACACUGACAAAGUAAAAAUCAAUUACAUCGUCAGUGUAUGUAAGUUAAAAUUCUACAUAUCGCGACAUAUUCACACACACAUAUAUAUAUAUAUAUAUACUGGCCCCUUCACAUAUAUACUUCUAAAUCUAGCCAAUUCAGAGGCGGAUCUAGGAUUUUAGCGAUGAUCCCUUGCUUGCCACCGAACUUAUAACCAUUUAUGCUUUUGGGUUCGCAGUUUAAUGUAUGCAAAAAAUUUCAAUACAUAUACAGAGUAUGAGCCAAAAUUAGUAGGCUCUGCCAAACCCAUCCUUAUAGCGUUACAUCCGUCUUCGAGCCAACUAUCAACUGAGGGGGUUGUAAAAAGCACAUUACACAUAGACACGAGACACGUCACACGUACAAUUGUACACGCAAUAUACACACGUCACACGUACAAUUAUAUACGCAAUAUACAUCGAGGUUUAACUUUAGCACACUGAUAGAGUAAUUUACGUUGUCAGUGCAUAUAAGUUAAAUUUUAUAACACACAUAUUGUCACACACAUAUAUAUGGCUGAGCCUUCACACACUACCAAGUCUAAUAGAACUAAAACCAAACAUCCUUUAUACAGUGGGAUACGUUUAAGAAAUGGGAAAUGGGUUUCUGAAAUUAGAGAGCCACGUAAGACUACAAGAAUAUGGCUAGGAACUUACCCUACUCCAGAAAUGGCCGCUGUUGCUUAUGAUGUUGCUGUCUUAGCAAUAAAGGGAAGUGAAAAUGUUAAGCUAAACUUUCCUCACCAUGUCAAUUGGUAUCCAAAACUCCCUUCCUCCUUGUCUCCGGAGGAUAUACGACGCGCCGUGGCCACCGCCAUCGCGGAAAUAGCUCCGCAGGGCAACAAUGUUCGGUCAACGGGAAGCAGGAGCGGAGCUACGACAUGUAAUGAAGGAGGUUCGAUUGAAUCCUCAUCGUCCGGAAAUUAUGCUAUGCAAAUAGUAUCAGGAAGUACGCAAAUGAUUACGACCGAGGGGGAAUAUGUUGAUGAGGAGGCAUUGUUUGAUUUUCCCAAUUUGCUUGUGAAUAUGGCGGAAGCAAUGAUGGUGAGUCCCCCAAGAAUAAACUCCUCAUCCAAUGAAGAUUCACCAGGAGACUCUGAUGCUGAAAGUCUCUGGAGCUAUUAACAAGUAGAGAAUCUGGGAUCUAGAGUUAAUAAGUUAAAGAGAAUGUGUGAUUUUAUUA